AUGUCAGACUAUUCCAAAGCGUUAAGAGUGUUAAUGAAAUCGCCAGUGACACAAGAGAUGAUUACGCUCUUAGUGACGACUACAGAAAAUGUGAUGGAUUUGAAAAGGACGUACCCUACACCACCCAGUUCUCCGCUAUACGACGAAGAGGAUGAAUUGCCUACUUUAAGAGAAUUCAUCUGUAAAUUGGUGGAAUAUACACAUGUUUACACACCAACGUUACUCAUGACGAUAAGUUAUUUGAACAGAUUGAGAAGAAUUUUGCCUAAGGGUGCUGCUGGGAUCCCAUCUACGCUGCAUCGUAUAUUUUUAGCAUGUUUAAUAAUAAGUGCCAAGAAUCACAAUGACUCCUCACCUUUGAAUAGGCAUUGGACGAAAUAUACAGAUGGAUUAUUUACAUUGGAAGAUGUUAAUCUAAUGGAGAGACAUUUAUUGGAUCUAUUAAACUGGAAUUUGCACGUGGAUGAAAAGGAAUUGAUUCAUGAUUUGAAACCAUUGUUGAAACCAAUGGUUCAUGUAAAGAAGAGUGUAUACGAUUUCAAGAGAAAUAUCUCGGUGGGAUCCAAUAUAAGUUCUAGUAGUACGCUUGUAGAUAGCAGGAACAACAGUGCCAUUGAUUUGAAGCUCGAGUACAGAACAGAAGAGAACAAAUCAGCAAGCAAGGCGACGGACAAGAGAAUGAGUUGGAAUCUAGAAGAAAUAAUGCGUGAGCAUAACUUUAUAUAG